AUGAACGCGUUCAACCAAUUGCAGGACAUCCUCAGUUCAACGACCAUGGCGGUGAGCAGGAAACCGCCCCCAAGAAAUCAGACCCCGGUUGGCGACUCGGGAGGUUCAAUUAACUCGAAUCAACCAGCGGACCCACGACUCACACGAUACUCCCUUUCUGACGCGCCCAGACGGCCCCCAGUCGUCAACGAACCCGUGAAUGAAGAUCUCGACAAUAACAUCAACACCGCCGUAUACCAAAGCUACUCCCAAGCCGCCCAGAACGAUCUAUUUUACGACCCAGGAAGCCACAGUCCCGUAUCCACCGCAGAGCACAGCGCCAACUCGUAUCACGAGCGACAACCACCUGUUGAAUAUCAUCCAUAUCAACCAGGUCAAUAUCUAGCUCCAAUCAUUACUGGUGAGACGCUACAGCUAGAUGAAAUUAUUGGUUCGGCACCCGCCCCAGUAAUUCACGCCCCAGACCCAUUCCACGACCCAUCAACGCCUGUAGCUUCGCUCUCCCCAGGCUACUAUUAUGACCAAGACUACCACCCACCAUCUAAUCACUCUUACUUGUCUUAUGAACCGGAGGGUCUUCCCGCAGGUUCCGAUUUUGACCAUUUUCAACAUGAUGCCGAAGCUUAUGCCUCAGGCAACUAUUCUCGUACCUCAUACCGCCCCCCACGAUCUCGCUCACCCACGCCUGCCGUAGACGAUGAGGAUUAUUAUGUUGUAGGAAACGAGAGCGUGCAUUACACAGGGCAUCCCAACGACGAUCCUGAAAAGCCAGUGUAUCAAUACGCAGACCAAUACGUUGGAUCAGGCCAAACAAUUGUGUAUGACCCAGAGCCUGAAACCCCAACCUCGACCCUGUACUCCCUUCCACCCGAAAUACUCACAGAGACGCGUCAUUUUGGUCCUGCGCCCACAGGCCGU